AUGUCUAACAACCGAACCCAACAACAAAACCUGGAAAGUAGUCUAUGCAGUGCUGAACCCUCCAAAAAGCGCAUCAGGAUUGACGACCCCUUGGACGUCAAUUCCUCCAACUCCAACAUCACCACCACUGCUUCAUAUCAGCAGACAAGUCAAUUGCCUCAUGGCGAACCUGUGGCACCUUCCACUCGGAUUCAAUGGAUUCCCUCCGUCGAGGAUGCCCUGCUUUUACUGAAGAAGCGACGACUAGAGGAUGAACAGUUACCUGUAUACAUCCCUCCCAUGGCCAAGGUCAACCUUCAGGCUCGCGACGACAACCCCUUUCCUCUCAUGGACAAAGUCGAAGAAUUCCUUGCCAGCGAUCGACAAGUCAUGCUGAUUCUAGGCGACUCUGGUUCAGGCAAGUCGACCUUCAACAAGCAUCUCGAGCUGCUGCUCUUGCAGUCGUACUCCCGCGGCGGCCGCAUCCCUCUCUUCAUCAACUUGCCAGCCAUCCGGGAGCCCGAGGAGGACAUGGUGUUGAAACAGCUGCGGAUUCACAACUUCACGGAGGACCAGGUCCAGGAGAUGAGACAGAAUCGGCAGUUCAUUGUCAUCUGCGACGGAUACGAUGAAAGUCGGCUCACCACCAACCUGCACGCAUCCAAUCGCUUCAACACCCCUAACCAAUGGGAUGUCAAAACGAUCAUCAGCUGCAGGAGCCAAUAUCUCGGCCAGGACUACCGCGAUCGCUUCGUUCCUCAAGGAGUAGGCCAUUACAACCGCCCAUCCCUCGAUCUCUUCCAGGAAGCCGCCAUUGCUCCCUUCUCCAGAGAGCAGAUUAAAGACUAUGUCGAGCAAUAUGUCCCCCUCGAGCCACGGACCUGGACCACACAAGACUAUAUGGACAAGCUGACCACCAUCCCCAACCUCAUGGACCUCGUCAAGAAUCCGUUCCUCUUGUCACUUUCCUUAGAGGCGCUACCUAAUGUCACCGAGGGGAAGCUGAAUCUGUCGACCAUCAAGAUCACACGCGUUCAACUAUACGACAUCUUUGUAGAUCAUUGGCUGGAUGUCAACAAGAGACGGCUACAAAGGAAUGUCCUGUCCAAGGAUGAUCGAGCCACACUGGAUGAUAUCCUUGAUACGGGGUUUGUCUCGAUGGGUGUUGACUACUCUACUAGACUGGCAUCGGCGAUCUUUGAGAAGCAGGAGGGAACCCCGGUGGUUCAGUAUGUUCCAGGCAAAGACAAAAAUUCAUGGAAAGCCAAGUUCUUUGGUUCCGAUUCUGACAUCCGACUGUUGAGGGAGUCGAGCCCAUUGACUCGUACCGGCAGCCUGUUUCAAUUCCUCCACCGGUCCAUGUUGGAAUACUUUCUUUCGCGUGCCGUAUUUGAUCCCAGCGGCCAUGACGAUAACCAGGAGUUUCCUCCGCAUCCGGACCCAGACUCCUCCAUAGCCCAGUCGCCUGAUUUGCGUGGUCCUUUGUUCACGUGUAGUCUCCUCACCGAGUCAUCUAUCAUUCAGUUCUUGUGCGAGCGUGUCAAGCAACACCCCGAUUUCGAGAAGCAGCUCCUUGCUGUCGUCGAGCAAUCCAAGAUCGAUCCCACUGCUGCCACUGCUGCCGCCAAUGCAAUCACCAUCCUUGUCCGAGCUGGUGUUCGAUUCAAUGGAGCGGAUCUUCGAGGCAUCAGGAUUCCAGGCGCUGAUCUUUCCGACAUUCAGUUAGAUUCGGCGCAACUGCAAGAUGCCAUUUUGACGGAUGUUACCUUCGCGAAGAGCUGGCUGAGACAGGCGGAUUUGAGCGGAGCGCAUAUGGAUGGUGUUCGAUUUGGCGAGUUACCUUUUCUGAAGGUUAAAAUUAUGGCCUAUGUCUGUGUUUACUCGCCCGAUGGCAGGAUGCUUGCUGUUGGUGGGGCUGGCGGCGCUAUCAGUAUUUACGACACUACAACAUGGAGCAUAAUUUAUAUUUGUAAGUACUCUAUUGAUGCUAAGACAGUUACCUGCGCCGGUUUUUCGCCCAACAACCAACAGAUCGUAUACGGCAACAACCAACAGAUGGUAUACGGAAGCCGCAACAGUAUUGUUAAACUUUGGAAUUUUGCCAACAAUGACACUGUAUUGGACAUGGUGGGGCAUGACGAACCGGUUAGAUCGGUAGCGUUCUCACCCUGCGGCAAGCAAUUGGCUUCGGCAAGCGAGGACAUGACGGUUCGGUUGUGGAGCUCGGAGACUGGAGAGUGCGUUUUUGUGCUGAUAGGUCACACCGAUGCUGUCUUUGGUGCAGCUUAUUCCUCGGAUGGACAAAGGCUUGUUUCUGGCAGCAAGGACAGAACGAUUCGAGUAUGGGAUCCAGAGACAGGAGAACCGGUCGCCUGUUGGAACAUCGGCCGCGAGAAGUAUUCAGCUCUUGCCUUUUCUGCAGAUGGACAGUGGGUUGCCUGCGCUCUCAAUGUUGGCAAGAUCCAGAUCAUGAAUGCUGUCACCGGAGAGCUAGGCCUGGUUUUGAACAACAGUAGCGAAGCCCAAUGUAUCGCAUUCUCUCCAAACGGACAAUAUAUUGUCACAUCGAGCAGAGGUUCCAUCCUCCUACUGUGGGACCUUUCAUCUGGACUUCUCAUCUCCAGUUUCUCAGGCCACCACCUCUCGGCUUCCACCUGCACUUUCUCCCCAAGCGGUUUUCAGAUUGCCUCAGGGGAUUUCGUAGGCGCUGUGAGGCUUUGGGAGGUCGAUACGAGUCGAGCUAUUUUGGACUUGAACAGACCCACCGGUUCCGUUAAGGUUGUGACAUAUUCUCUUGAUGGUCGGUCAAUCAUGUCUUAUAGUAUGGGCCAAGGAGUUCAGCAAUGGGACUCUCGAACAGGAGUGUCUACAUGUCUUCCACCCAAGAUGGCUGACAAUGUUUCGUCGAUUACAUUUUCACCGGACCGCAAUCAGAUCGCGACAGGAGACAAAGAUGGCACCAUUCAGUUGUGGAAUCGUCAAGCGGAUACAGAUGAGUGCACUCUCCUUGGACACACUGAGGAAGUGAGUCAACUGGCCUAUUCGCCGUGUGGUCGUUGGAUUGUCUCUGUCGCUCGGGCCGAAGUACGAUUGUGGGAUCUGCACACCAACGAACACCCCGGUUUUAUCUUUCAGACGGAUGAGGAUGAGUGGGCCAACGUUGCUCUCACACCUUCCGGUCAGAUUGUACUAAAUCCAGAGAGUGGCACACUUCGUUUGCAUGAUCCUCGCGCCCAAGACCCUUGCACUGCUCUGAAGGAGAUAUCCAUAGAUUUUGGGAUCCUCUCAUUGGAUUGUUCGCCUAAUGGUCAAGAGGUUGUCAUUGUCGCAAAUGACGGCACAGUCUAUCUCUGGGACUUUCAAUCGGAUAAGCCCUGUAUCGUGCUAGAAGUUCAAGACGAUCUCGCGUAUUGCAUUACUUAUUCACCCUGCGGAAAGUGGAUCCUCGUAGGUACAAACCAUGCGGUCCUAAUCUGGCGUUUCAGAACUGGCGAGGUCAGCAUUUGGUCCUGUGUCGGUGUCGUCGAUGGGUUUUCCAAAACUAUUUCAAGUCUUGGCUGGAAUCCGGUUGUGGCCUUGGAGUUUGUCACCGGCAGCGACGACGGCUCUGUCCGAGUCUGGCGAAUUGUAAGCCAUGACGGCGUCAAUGGAGGAGAUGUAUCUGUCCAGAUGCUCUGGGGUAACGAUGCCGGACUCCUUUGCGUAUCGGACCUGACGUUCAAGGGCGCCGUUGAUCUCAGUUCGGUAAACCAGAACCUGUUGGUCCAGCGUGGUGCAAGGAUAGAUCAUUUGCAUUCAGAGGAAGAUGGAUGGAGCGAGGAGGAUGAUGACUGGAGCGGAGAGGAAGAUGGGGUGACUAUCGCUGUAGACUCGAGCAUGGAGGUAUAUUAG